GUCCCAAAAUGAAUGUCCAAGAGCAGGGUUUCCCCUUGGACCUUGGAGCAAGUUUCACCGAAGAUGCCCCCCGACCCCCAGUGCCUGGCGAGGAGGGAGAACUGGUGUCCACAGACCCGAGGCCCGUCAGCCACAGUUUCUGCUCUGGGAAAGUUGCCAGCAUCAAAGGUGAGACCUCGACAGCCACUCCAAGGCGCUCAGAUCUGGACCUGGGGUAUGAGCCUGAGGGCAGCGCCUCACCCACCCCACCGUACUUGAAGUGGGCCGAGUCACUGCACUCCUUACUGGACGAUCAAGAUGGGAUCAGCUUGUUCAGGACUUUCCUGAAGCAGGAGGGUUGUGCCGACCUGCUAGACUUUUGGUUUGCCUGCAGUGGCUUUAGGAAGCUAGAGCCCUGUGACUCGAACGAGGAGAAGAGGCUGAAGCUGGCGAGAGCCAUCUACCGAAAGUACAUCCUUGAUAACAACGGCAUUGUGUCCAGGCAAACCAAGCCAGCCACCAAGAGCUUCAUAAAGGACUGCAUCAUGAAGCAGCAGAUCGAUCCCGCCAUGUUCGACCAGGCCCAGACAGAAAUCCAGUCCACCAUGGAGGAGAACACCUACCCCUCCUUCCUCAAGUCUGAUAUUUAUUUGGAAUAUACGAGGACUGGCUCCGAGAGCCCGAAGGUCUGUAGUGACCAGAGCUCUGGGUCAGGGACAGGGAAGGGCAUAUCUGGAUACCUGCCCACUCUGAACGAAGAUGAGGAGUGGAAGUGUGGCCAAGACGCAGAUGAGGACGAUGGCAGAGACACUGCCCCCCCCAGCAGGCUCACGCAGAAACUGCUUCUGGAGACCGCCGCCCCGAGGGCCUCCUGCAGCAGACGGUACAGCGAAGGCAGAGAGUUCAGGUAUGGAUCCUGGCGGGAGCCGGUCAACCCCUACUACGUCAACUCUGGCUACGCCCUGGCCCCGGCCACCAGUGCUAACGACAGCGAGCAGCAGAGCCUGUCCAGCGAUGCUGACACCCUGUCCCUCACAGACAGCAGCGUGGAUGGAAUCCCGCCGUACAGGACCCGCAAGCAGCACCGCAGGGAGAUGCAGGAGAGCGUCCAGGUCAACGGACGGGUGCCCCUACCUCACAUUCCCCGCACUUACAGAGUGCCAAAGGAGGUCCGUGUGGAGCCGCAGAAGUUCGCUGAGGAGCUCAUCCACCGCCUGGAGGCUGUUCAGCGCACGCGGGAGGCCGAGGAGAAGCUGGAGGAGCGGCUGAAGCGUGUGCGGAUGGAGGAAGAAGGUGAUGACAGCGACCUGGCCGGCCCCCUGGGGGUGAGUCACAAGCUGCUUUCUGCACCGGUCUGGCACCACUUCACACCCCGCUACGUGGACGUGGGCGUGGGCUGUGGGGGCCUGCGGGAUGCUCAUGAGGAGAACCCCGAGAGCAUCCUGGACGAGCACGUGCAGCGGGUCCUGAGGACGCCUGGCUGCCAGUCACCGGGGCCCGGCCAUCACUCCCCCGACAGCGGGCACACGGCCAAGAUGGCAGCAGUGCUGGGGGGCGCGGCCUCGGGACACGGUAAGCAUGUGCCCAAGGCAGGGGCGAAGCUGGACGCAGUCGGCCUGCAUCACCACAGGCACGUCCACCACCACGUCCACCACAGUGCGGCCCGGCCCAAGGAGCAGACGGAGGCUGAGGCAGUGCGCAGGGUCCAGGGCAGCUUCGCGUGGGGCCCGGAGCCACACAGCCACACGGCCAAGCCCCGCAGCUACUCGGAGAGUGUGGGUGCCACUGCCGGCACUGGGGACAGUCUGGCCUAUGGUGGGAAAGCCAUCAUGGCCUCCAAAAGAAAUGCCAAGAAGGCCGAUGCGGGAAAGAGUUCCAGCGCCGAGGUGCCGGGGCCCUCGGAGGAUGCAGAAAAGAACCAGAAGAUCAUGCAGUGGAUCAUAGAGGGGGAGAAGGAGAUCAGCAGGCACAGGAAGGCCGGCCAUGGGUCUUCUGGGGCGAGGAAGCAGCAGACCCACGAGAGCUCCAGGCCCUUGUCCAUUGAGCGUCCUGGGGCUGUGCACCCCUGGGUCAGUGCCCAGCUCCGGAACUCCAUCCAGCCCUCUCACCUCUUCAUUCAAGAUCCCACAAUGCCACCCAAUCCAGCCCCCAACCCCCUCACCCAGCUGGAGGAGGCCCGCAGGCGUCUGGAGGAGGAGGAGAAGAGGGCCAGCAAGUUACCCUCAAAGCAGAGAUAUGUGCAGGUGGUCAUGCCAUGGGGACGCACCUGCGUCAGGCCCAGUGUGGCACCCGCCACGUCAGACACGGAGCUGUCCCAGACAGACUGCAUGACGAAGUCGCAGAGGAGGGCGGGCGGUGGGAGUUGCCAGCCGUUUGACAGCAUUGUCGUGGCCUACUACUUCUGUGGGGAGCCCAUCCCCUACCGGACCCUGGUGCGGGGCCGCGUGGUCACCCUGGGCCAGUUCAAGGAGCUGCUGACCAAAAAGGGCAGCUACAGAUACUACUUCAAGAAAGUGAGUGACGAGUUUGACUGUGGCGUAGUGUUUGAGGAAGUGCGGGAGGACGAGGCCAUCCUGCCCGUCUUUGAGGAGAAGAUCAUUGGCAAGGUAGAGAAGGUGGACUGACCGCAUGCAUGGCCGCUGCACCCGGCGGGGCCCUCAGCAGGCGGGGUGGCUACACUGAGGAUGAGCGUCAGGCACGCGGAUGACCUUGCACUCAGGAGCCCCAUUCAUGGGAGCAGCUCGGGGCUGUGCGUGUCACGUGCUCCUAGCGUGCGGCAGACACACAGGUACUGGGAGGUGCUGGGUGUGUCCCACCUUGGUUCAUCUGUGUUGGGGUGGGUGGGGGUCCCCCUGAGUGGUCCUGCAGUUUCUGUCUUGCCAUGGAGGAUGGAGCCCCGUGCACUCCCCACAGCAAUACUGUCCUGCCAAGAGAGGCAGCCCUCGGAGAGCUGCUUCGUGACCCCCGCAGUGGCCCCUGCUGCUGAGUGGCUGCCCCCUGCACUGGCCCUGGGUGCUGGCAUGCUGGUGUCCACUUCUCCCUCUGGGGAUCACCCACCUUUGCUGUCCUGGUUAGGUGCAGCCCUAGUUCUGGUGCAGGGCCCUGCGGAGGCCUCUCUAAAUUGUACUUGUCACUGAGUGCCUUCAACACAGCUGUCUCUUGCCUGUCACUGUGUGAACCCGGCAACGGAGCCCCCAGCACCUGCCCCCCGCCCUCUGUCUCCAGCUGCGCCGGCUCAGCGGGUCCUGGGCCCUCCUUUCUAGGAGCCCGUGUAAAUAUGUACAUUUCUCAGGCCAAGGCCAGCAGGGGGCUGCUCCCCCCGCUCGUUUUUCAUGCGAUUACUUGUACAAUUAUCUUUUCAAAGGUACUUGGAUAAUGAUGAAAUAAAACCAUUUUUGAACCUA